AUGAAUGAGAACAUUGAAUACAUAAGAAAGAAAAAAUUAAUGGAAAUAUUUGAGGGAUUAUUAGGUUAUAUUUAUUUCAAAAAGCCUAAAAAUAUUAUAUUGUCUAUUAUUAAUGAACUAAAAAAAUUAGAAAAAGAAAAAAAAAUAAAAAAUAUUUUUAGUAAUGAUGAUAUAGAAGCAAUGUACGCUUUUCUAAAUUUAGAAAACAACAAAUAUAUAACCAAAGAUAAGUGCAUUUUAGGAUUAAAUCAAUUUUUGUUAAAUAACAAACAAAGAGAAUAUAUGGAAAAAAUAAAAAUUGCAGACAACAUUAACUUAGAAAUAUUUACAAAAUAUGCAGAGGAAAUUAUUAACAUUUAA